AUGAACGAGUACAAUAUGGACUUGGGGCUCCUCUGCGUCACAAAUGCCGCGCUGAUUAGUGGGCCGCAGCGUACCGAGGAGGAUUUGCACGAGUCCGCCACGUCUGCGAUGCAGGUGCUCCUGGGAGAGUGCAGGGGACUCCCAACAACAACAAAGCGAGGAAAGUUCGACGCCUCUACGACGCUGGUGCAGCUGCCGCAGCCGGUGAUGCAGCUGCCACGCGAGAAGGCGCCACCGAAGCCAAAGCCGCUCACGGCGUGGGAGAAGUUUGCCCUCAAGAAGGGUAUCGCCAUCAACCGCAAGAAGAACAACCGCGUCUUCGAUGACGAGCGGCAGGAGUGGAAGGACAAGUGGGGAAAACGUGCACGCGAGGACCGCGAGAAACAUGACUGGCUGCGUGAGGUAGGCCCCAACUACGUGCCGAAGGAGGAGGGCGGCGACCCGUUCCUCGAUGACCGUAGAGAGAAGAAGGCUCGUCUGGAGAAGCAGAAGAAGAAGGAGGAACACAACAAACGUCGCUCAGAACAUAUUACGCAUGCACAGGAAGAGGUAAAACAUCUGACAGCUGCGGCAAAGCAUCUGACGACGGCGUCCAACGGGAAAUUCGACAAGAUAUCAUCCAAAAAAAAAGGUAAGAAGUGA